ACUGUGUCACUGUUUGUAACUCCAUGCUGAGUUCUGGCUUGAACUUCCUAAAUAGUCACAUUCCAGUGUGGGAAGACCACAGGUAGGAGGCUGGUGAAGAGAGAGGUAAAGUCAGAAAGGAUGAAAAAGAGGAAGAGUGUGAACAAAGGAAGAGAAAGAAAAAACUGUGAAAGGGAAAGAAAACAAAAACAAACCAAAAAGGAGACCAUGGCGAUUCGACACUACUGGCUGCUGCUAUUGUUGUUCAGCUGGAUUACAGGGGCUGUGAGUGGCAUCAGUCCAUAUAUAAAGCAUUAUGAGCGCUUGUCAUAUGAUAGGGAGGAUCUUCACAGGAAGCACCUGAGAGCCAGAAGAGCCACCCAACCUCAGGAAUACACACUGCAGUUGGACUUUACUGCUUUCCACAGAACCUUCCGGCUGCAUCUGAAACGCAAUGCAGCAGUAUUUUCUGAAAAUUUCACUGUGGUCAGUGAAAAUGGUUCCAUGUCAGCUGACCUCUCCCACAUAUACUCAGGAAUACUAGAGGGUGAACCUGGUUCAGCCUGCCACGGCUCUGUGUUACAGGGUCAGUUUGAGGGAACCAUCCAUACAGACAAUGGGACUUAUCACAUAGAGCCUGAACAGAGAUAUACCAGCAACCAAACAGAUCACCACUCUAUAAUCUACCAUGAGGAUGACAUGGUCCUACCAUCCAUGAGAACUGGUCCUGGUGAAUUCUGUGGUGCAGAACAUCUAAAUCUCCUCGCCCAAAGCCUCAGACUCAAUGAGGAGGCACCAGCGAGCCGGUUGAAGAGGACAGUGGAUGAGUCAAAGACCAGCUGCCUGCUCCACCUCCAUGCCGACCACCUCUACUACAAGAGGUUCAAGUCUGUUGAAGCUGUUGUAGCUCAGGUUGCCUCCUACAUGCAAGCCGUGAAUGACAUCUACGACAAGGUGGACUUUGAUGGAAUAAAGCUGAUCAACUUCAAAGUGAAAUCCCUCAGCGUGAUGAUGGCGGAGGAUAAAAACGAUCCUCUGUAUCCUCUUUACAUCGGACCUGAGAAACUGUUGAGUCUGUACUCCGAGAACAACUGGGGCAACUUCUGUCUCUCCUAUCUGCUCACUAACAGGGACUACAGCGGAGUGCUGGGGCUCGCCUGGGAGGGCAAAGCUGGUAACUGGGGAGGAGUAUGUUCACAGCAGACCACCCUGCGUAACGGUCAGACCUCCACCCUGAACACAGGUCUAGUCACAAUUCAGAACUACGGACAGUUCCUGCCUCCUCGACACGUCCAGCUGACCCUCGCCCAUGAACUCGGCCACAGCCUGGGAUCUCCGCACGAUGAGGGCUCAAACUGCGGGAACCUUGGCUCCACCGGCGGUAAAGGCAGGUACCUGAUGUUCCCUCACGCCACAGAUGAGGUUCGUGAAAACAACGACAAGUUCUCGCCCUGCAGCAUCAAACACAUCAGCAAGAUCCUGAAGCUGAAGAAGGAUGACUGCUUUCUGGUCAGCAAUCAGCCCAUCUGUGGAAACCAGAUUGUGGAGGAAGGCGAGGAGUGCGAUGUUGGUCAGAACGACACAGACCUCUGCUGCUUCAGCGCCAGAGAACCUGUAGGAGUCCAGUGUCGCCUCAAGCCUGGUAAAGUCUGCAGUCCGAGUCAGGGCCUGUGCUGUGGUCAGGACUGUGAGUUUAAGCUGGCGAGUCAGACCUGUGAUGAGGAGACAGACUGUCAGAAAGAGAGCGUGUGUUCAGGCCUCUCCCCGCUCUGCCCCGAGCCAACAGCCAAGGAGAACCUCACGGUCUGCAGUGAGGGCACGCGUGUGUGCCUGAGCGGGGUCUGUGCUGAGUCUGUGUGUGUGAAACACAGGCUGGAGCAGUGUGACUGUCCAGGAGACUCCGUGAAGGAGAAAUGCCACAUGUGCUGCCAGCAGCCUGGUAAGCCUGAGACAUGUGCCAGCACCACCUCCUCCGUGCUGUCCCGUUACUUCCAAAGAAACGCACUGCCAUUGGUUGGCGGGGCUCCGUGCUCAGGGAACCAGGGUUACUGCGAUAAAUUCCACAUGUGUCGUCUACUGGAUGCAGACGGCCCCAUUGCAAGACUGAAAAACUCCUUUCUCCAUUUGGAUGACUUCGAUGACAUAGCGGAGUGGAUGAAGGCUCAUUGGUGGGCCAUCCUGCUGGCUAUCCUGACUGUGUCUGGAGUGAUGGGCUGCACCGUCUGCCUCUGCGGCCGCACCCUGGACUCCAGUGACCUCUGACUUUUGAUCCCUGUCCCCUCUGGGAAGUAUCAUGUUCGCAUGAUGACGCACAAAUUAAAUAGGAAUUUUUAAGUGUCAUGGUCACACUGAAGAGAGCCUCAACUUUGUUCCACAUAACAAACAGUGUGUGAUCUGCAGGUUGACCUUUGAAGACAAUUACACCUGCUCAGUGCCGCUCAAGCUGUUUUUGCUCACUCAUGUCUUUGUACGUCAUUAUGCAUCUGCCAUUUUCUUUUCCUUGUGUGACUUUUCUGUUCACAUUUCGACAAGCAAUAAAGAUCUCCUGUGAUGCA